AUGGGAGCGACGAGCAGCGGCCCCGGCCCGGCCCCGGCCCCGCUGCGGCCCCCCCAGGGCCGUGCCGCGGGGUCGUGGGUGCGGGCGCUGCUGGGCCGCGCCGGGUCGGUGCCGGGGUCGGGGCUCGCCCUGGCCCCGCGGAGCCCCGCCGAGGAGCCGCCGCUGCCCGGGUGGCCGCUGCCGCAGCUCGUCUCGCUUUUCCUGCCGGAGUUCCCCGUCCGCCCCUCUGCCCGCCAGCAGCAGCUCAAGAUCCUGGGCUUCGUGGCCAAAGGCUCCUUCGGGACCAUCCUCAAAGUGCUGGACUGCGGGCGGGAGAAAGUCUGUGCCGUGAAGGUCGUCCCCAAAGUGGAGGUGCUGCGCCGUGACACCCUCAAGCAGUGCAAGGAAGAAGUCAGCAUCCAGAGACAGGUCAGACACCCGUUUGUCCACGGGCUGGGGGACAGCUGGCAGGGCCAGCGCCACCUCUUCAUCAUGUGCACCUACUGCAGCACCGGAGACCUGCAUGCGCUUUGGCUCGCUGCCGGCCGCUUCGCCGAGGCCACCGUCCGCCUGUUUGCUGCUGAGCUGGUGCUGGUGCUGGUGUACCUCCAUGACCUGGGCAUCAUGCACAGAGAUGUGAAGAUGGAGAACAUCCUCCUGGAUGAGAGAGGACACCUCAAGCUCACUGACUUUGGCCUCUCCCGGCACCUGCGGUGGGGUGAGCGAGCCCACACCAUCUGUGGCACCCUGCAGUACAUGGCCCCAGAGGUACUGAGUGGGGGGCCCUACAGCCACGCAGCAGACUGGUGGUCCCUGGGAGUCCUGCUCUUCACCCUGGCCAGCGGGGAGUUCCCUGUGGCACCGGCAGGGGACCACGUAGCCAUGCUGGAGCGUGUCAAGCAGAGCAGCUAUGAGAGCCCACCUGGGUUCAGCCCUGCACUGGCCCGGCUGCUUGCUGAGCUGUUGUGCCACAACCCCCUGCACCGCCUGCGCUACCUCCACCACUUCCAGGGCCACCCCUUCUUCCGUGGGGUGGCCUUUGACGCCGACCUGCUGCAGAAGGACCCGGUGGCGAUGGCAGUGGCUCCACGGCCCCCCGAGCAGCCCCUGCCCGAUCCCCCAACCUUCGCUGACUUCGACUGUGACCUCGCUGACCCCCCGGGCCAGCCCUGA